AUGAAUAACAAUGACAGAACCUCCAAAAACCUGUCGCCCUUUUCGGUUGCUGAUAUGAUGAUGCCUCCGGAUUUCCCAUCCAACCAACAGAACCAGUUCUAUUCGGAUCAAUCCAAAAAGUCCGACGGAAUUCCGCCUCCUCAACAGGUCGGCCAGAACAAUAAAAUGACUGCUAAUAGGGCAUUGUACUCAAAUCCAAUGAUGGACAAUAGCAUGGUCUCUGCUUUACAAAACUUUGUUCAGCUUACUGAAACUACAAACAACGUGGACAUUAACACUUCCUUUUCCGACCAGUCCCGAACAGACUCUUUCAGCAAACUUAACGAAGCAACUGACGGGCUAUUGGUCUCCCCUUCUACGUUUGAUUUUUUUUCCAACUCUUCUUUAAAUUUCACAAAUGAGUCGUCUACAUUACCACAAUCUCGGCAAACUCAGCCGCAAUGUGCAAUUAAUGAUAGAAAUACCAACAAGAACCAAUACAUGGACAAGAACACUAGCAAGUCCAACAAUGUGGUCAAUAGUACAGACUCUAGAGAUAUCCAAAAUCCUUCUAUAUCCGAUUCGAUGUUCUUAAUGGGGCGCUCAAAUAGCCUGGUGUCGGCAUCCCAGCCAGCCCAGCAACUUCUCCAGCAAAAUAAUACGUUUCAGAAGAACCAAAGUAUAAACAAUUUUGAUUCCGGCAUAGUAGAUAGAAACUCGAGAAGGUCUGUUGAAAGAAAUGUUGAUAAAAAUAAUCUUUGGAACCUGUAUGAGACUUCUGUUGUUGAUAAUGGUGGCAAAGGCAAUAAAUCCAGUAAUACGAGCAACAAUAACAAUAAUAAUAGCAGCAAGAGUAACAACAACAGUAACAACAACAAACACAACUGCGAAGGGAAUGAAAAUAUGAAUGAAAGUAAUGGGUCUGGUAAUAUCUUUUCUUUAGACAAAUCGUCUCCAUUUUUCUCUCUUUCUGGAGAAUCUCCCCAGCAAUCUACACUACUGCAAUCAACACUUGAGCGGCCACAAACAACUCAAAUCCAGUUUUAUUCCCAGCUCCAAGGCCAGGACCGUAAUCAGAAUCAAAAUCAAAAUCAGAAUCAGAAUCAGAAUCAGAAUCAGAAUCAGAAUCAAAAUCAAAAUCAAAAUCAAAAUCAAAAUCAAAAUCAAAAUCAAAAUCAAAAUCAAAAUCAAAAUCAAAAUCAAAAUCAAAAUCAAAAUCAAAAUCAAAAUCAAAAUCAAAAUCAAAAUCAAAAUCAAAAUCAAAAUCAAAAUCAAAAUCAGAAUCAGAAUCAAAACCAGAAUCAGUAUACAAACUCGAAGAUACAUUCUGGACAUAGGACAAGUACCCAUGGGCUACCUUCUAUGUCUUCUGGUAGCACGCAUCCCAGUCCAAACUCUUUGAAUUCGCCACUUCCCCAAGGCUCUACCUUCAAUAUAUCUUUGGGCCAGCAAAAACAGCAACAUCAUACACAACCACAACGAGACAAAUCCAGGCUCUCGACUACCCAGAAUCAAUCCUACGAUGGGUAUUCUCGUACCCUUGGGCAUUCCAACAGAAACACAUACUCACCAGAUAAUCACACUGUGGUCAACUCAAAACCCAAUGGACUAGGAGAUUACCCGUCUCAACAAACGGUCAAUCAAAUCCAGCAACCACAGCCUCUUCACCACAGCCAGCAGCUCCAGCAGCAACAAAUACAGCAGCAGAGCCAUCAAUAUAUCCAUCAUCCUAACUCGCACCAAAUAAGUGCGCCAUCAUCUUCGCAUCAUGUUGUGUCGCCUCAGCCUUUGGUUUCACCUUCAAUUUCCGAUGCUGGUCACGGUUCAUAUUUCUCUCCACCUAUUCCUCCACAUGAAGCUGAGCUGAUGAUUAUCCGACAAAAGUAUAAGGCCAAAUCGUCUAUUCCACCAGAUUUGAGUUCUGCAAACUAUGGUGAGCAGUGUGUGUAUGCUGCGAUUUCAUCUCGGUUAUCACCAUUUAGCCUUCAUCCAGAAGAGUAUAAUCUUCUUCGGCCGUAUCUCAUGGUCGUGCAUGUUACCACAUAUCUCAACAUUCGAAAUGGCAUUUUGCGACUUUGGUUAUCGAACCCCAAAGUUAAUGUAACACGUUCAGAAGCAGCAGGGUGUGCCAAAGAUGAUAGGUUUUUCAAUCUUGCAGAGGUUGCUUACGAUUGGCUUGUUCGGCAUGGGCGUAUAAAUUUUGGUUGCUUUGAGUAUCCCAGCUUGGAUUUUUACAAUCCAAUUCCAGAAGAGUGUCGCAAGCCGCGACAGACUGUUGUUAUUCUUGGUGCGGGUAUUGCUGGGUUAAGUUGUGCUCGCCAGCUUGAUAACCUUUUCCAGCGUAAAGCAAGACAUUUUUCUGAGUACCAAGAUCCGCCUCGAAUUAUAGUUUUGGAAGGCCGACGACGGAUUGGGGGUAGGAUUUACUCUGCACACCUUAAGAGCGACCAUUUACACGCUGUUGACAUGGGGGCACAGUUUAUCCCUGGGUUUGGUAAUGGCAAUCCGCUUGCAGUGGUUUGUCGGCGGCAGUUGGGGCUUCCAGUGACGCGGAUAAACCCAAUGUCUGAGAUUUAUGAUUCGAUUUCUAAAAAGGCUGUUGAUCCCGCAAUACAGGAAAGAGCGCAGAAGCUUUUCAAGCAUUUGCUGGAGCGUGUGGCUCAAUUUCACAAUACAUACUCUCCACCUGCAACUGCAGAGGGAGAUGAGGUUUUGAUUCGCGUGUCCAAGGACCCACCACGUGAGGAUUACCCAGCAACUUUAACUCUAGCCAAGGCGGAAGAUUCUGGACGGCUCGGGAACGAUAAUAAUCACCGAGAGGAGCAAGAGUUUAAGCAUCAUGAUGAGUAUCGCGAGAGCCUUGGGCGGAUUGAGGCCCAGUUUCUACGGGACAUUGGGUUUAAUUUGAAGCCGGAGGUUUCAGAGGACACAUCGAUUCAGCUGAUACCAGAGCCUCAAGGCGACAUGUACCCGAGUUUAGGUAUUAGCAUGGAUGCAUUGUUGAGGCAGUUGCAAGAAAUUUCCAACAUUACCCCUGAGGAGCUUCGUUUAUUGAAUUGGCAUUAUGCUAAUUUGGAGUAUGUCCAUUCUACAUGCCUGGACAAUUUAAGUUUGAACAACUGGAAGCACGAAGGAACAAAGUUUACAGGACAACAUUCGAUUAUUAAGAACGGGUACAUGAACCUUGUUCGUGGGCUUUACCAGUAUCCAGAAAAACUUGAAGUGCGCUUUAAAUCUAAUGUGAAAAUUUUGGAAUACAAUAAUAGCCAUGUGGAGUUAUUUUUGGAAAAUGGGGAGCGUGUCAAGGCUGAUAAAGUUGUUGUUACGGCUCCUUUGGGAGUUUUAAAGGACCGCACUAUUCAAUUUAUUCCAGAUUUACCUCAAUGGAAGCAAGAUAGUAUUGAGCGGCUUGGAUUUGGAGUUGUCAACAAGGUUUGUUUGAUUUACAAGCGCCCUUUUUGGGACGAGAAUAAGCACAUUAUUGCUAUUUCUCAAAGCCAUAGUGGAAUAGAUGUUUUGGAGCAAGAGAACUACAAAAACAACCGGGGAAUGUUCUACAUGUUUUGGAACGUUUCCAAAGCAGUUGGGAAACCCUGUUUAAUUGGAGUUCUUACUGGUGAGGCGGCUGUUCAAAUGGCCAACGAGACUGACGAUUCCAUUGUUGAGGCAGCUACAGCUUCAAUUGAGUCAGUUUAUCCAGAGGUCCGGGACACCACGCUUGUUGAGUCUAUUGUAACACGAUGGCAAGUUGAUCCCUUUUCACGAGGAUCCUACUCAUAUGUUGGAUUGGAAGCAACGCCUGCGGAUUAUGACUUACUUGCGCGACCGAUUGGUGAGUCUCUAUUUUUUGCUGGUGAGGCUACGUCUCGGUCGUACCCUGCGACGGUACAUGGGGCGUACAUUUCCGGGCUACGUGCAGCCAACGAAGUAUUGACUAGCAUGAUUGGGGAGGUUAAGAUUCCACAUCCACUGUGUCCGACCAAAGACUACCAAGUAAACAAGCGGAUGCAACAAAAUUCUGGCGCCAGUACCAAUGGGCUAACGAGCCAUGUGACACCGGCAACAUCGAUGGUGUCCACUCCAACGACAUCUGGUGUUGUUGAUUCGACGGGGUAUGUGAAGCCGCAAAUAAAUGUAACUAGCGGGAUUGGGACUUCGUCUGCGGCCUUGGCUGGGGCUUCGAGUUCACUUCAUCAGUUUAAGACAAGUGAGUUUAGUGAUGUUGGAAUAGUGCAGAAGCAGCAGCAGCAGCAGCAAUUACAUCAAGCAAGAGGUUCUCGGCAGGUUACUACGUCUCCGCCCAGCAAUAGUAAUAACAGUAACAACAGUAACGCCAUUUCGAAUAACAAUAGCUUGGUUUCGGUGACCGGUGAAAAUGUUGGGUAUCUUGGGCGGACAGCCUACAUUUCUUCUACAUCAACUUCUAAUUCUUCUGCGGUGGGAUUGUCUGCACCUCAAGCGGCUACAGGCUCUGCAGGUGGAAUAGUGCUUGGUAGUUCAAGUGCCAGUACAGCGGUAGCCAUAGUACCUACAAUAGCUACAGUACCUUCAGUACCUACAGUACCUGAAGAGAAUGCAGUUGAAGCUCGGCUGCGUCACCUUCGAGAAGAACGGGUGGAUGCCGAUAAUGACCGGAUGCGGAUAGAUAUGAUCAAAGAGAUUGGGGAGCGGCCAAUUAAGCCUGAGCGGUCUGGUGCGAAUCCAUUUUUGAUUUUCCAAAAGGAUUUUUGGGACAAGUGUAGGAAGCAGUGUGACGUGGAAAAACAAAAGAAGAUGGAUGACCCGCAUGUGAGGGCUGCACGGAAUGAAGUGCGGGCGGCAUUGGGGAAAAUGUGGCGGGAGCUCCCUGAAGAAGAGAAAAAGCCAUAUUUGGAGAAGACCAAGUUUAUAAAGGAAAGCAAUAACAAAAAGUCUGAAGAGUAUAGGGAGAAGGCGAGGCGAUAUAAGACAGAGGUGGAGGAGUUUAGGAAACGAUGGAAGGAGGAGAAUCCUAGUAAGCCAAGUGAGGAAGAAUUGAAGUUGCAGCGAAUGAUUCAGGAAGAAAAGCUGCAGGAGAAGAAGCAGGGGAAACAUUCUGGGAAUGGGGGGGUAAUUGGUAGUGGUGGUGGUGGUAGUGGAUCUGGGACAGUAAUGUACCGAAGUAAUUCGAGUACUCUUCGGGAGUCUGUUUAUGAAAAUAUGGGCCAUGGGUCGAAGGUAGAAGAAAAGAAAGAUGGUGGUAAAGCUAAUGGAGGUGGUAAUAGUGGUAAUAGUGGUGGCAGCGGAGGAGGAACCCGAGAAGGCUUUCAACAAGGAGGGUUUCGGUUGUCAUCGUUAUCGUCGUCGUCUCCGACGUCGUCGUCAUCAUCAUCAUCGUCGUCAAGCGGGGGGGUUGUAGCAGGCGAAAGUGGAAACGUUAAGAGAGAGUUGGGGGUAGGGGAAUCAUUGUCACCAUACAAGAAGACCCGGUAUAGUUAG